CACACAUAGAGACACAGACAUACAGACACACACAUACGGACACACACACAUACAGACACACACACAUACAGACACACACAUACAAACACACACAUAGAGACACACAGACACGUGGAGUCAGGGGCAAGUGGGCGAGGUGCUGGGCGAGUGGUUCCGGACAGUGAACCUAGCCUGGCACCGAACGCAACUCAUCGCAAAUGAGAUCAGCAUGGCAGACGUGAGAUUGAACCUGGGCCUGGAGCCGUUCCCAGCGCUCGCCUGGGACUUCGCGAACCCCGGCGCUGGCCCUCAGCCCUUCCUCACCUUCGGCCCCGCACCCUUCAACCCCGCGCCCUUCAACCCCGCGCCCUACAACCCCGCGCCCUUCAACCCCGCGCCCUACAACCUCCCGCCCGACCUCCCGGAGCGGCAGCCACCGCAGGGGGGCGAGGAGGAGGAGGACGAGGGCGGCGCCGGCGGAGGUGUCGGCUGCGUGCAGGUGCAGCGGCCCCCGUCGCGAUACGAGCUCUGCUCGGUGUGCAACCUGCAGCUGGGCUCCGCGCAGCAGGCCCAGGUGCACUACACCAGCCGCUACCACCAGCGCCGGCUCAAGCAGACAGGAGGCGGGUGCCAGGGAACGGUGGCCCCCCAGACCCUCCACGCCCGCCCCCCGAUGCCCCUGCAGCACCCCGCAGGGCUCAAGAGCUUCCUCCCCUUCCCAGGGGAGGGCGCGCCGACGAGACUCAGCCUGUUCCACAACUUCCCAAAUAUGGAUCCGGUACAGAAGGCGGUCAUCAACCACACGUUCGGGAUGACUCCAGCCCCACGCAAGCGACAGAUCAUCACCUGCAGCCUGUGCCAGAUCAGGUUCAACUCGCAGAACCAGGCGGACGCCCACUUCCAGGGCACCAAACACGGCAGGAGGUUGCGGGCCAUGGAGUCGGGCAAGGUGAAGAUGGAGUCGGGCAAGGUGAAGAUGGAGUCGGGCAAGGUGAAGAUGGAGUCGGGCAAGGUGAAGAAGGUCGCCGACAGCCCGGGGGGAGGGGCGACUCGUCAGGGGGCGCCCCAGGAGGCUCCGGAGGGCGCGGCUGAAGAACAACAACAGCAGCAGCUGCAGCAACAACAACAACCUCUCUGCAACAACAACAACAGCAUCAGCAGCAUCAUGAGCAACGCAAGCCCACCACUACCACCGCCGCCACCAACAACAACAUCAUCAACAUCGACGCCAUCACCGACGUCCUCACCCGCCCCCCCUAACGACCUCCCAAAGGGACCCGACCCCCCCGCGAGGGGGUUCAGCCCCCACGCCGAGCCCCUUCCCCCCGCGGGGGUCUCCACCUUGGGGAGCCCCGCGGCGGGGGUCCCCAAGGCGGAGAGCGAGGAAGAGAAGGCCAAGCGACUGCUGUACUGCGCCCUCUGCAAGGUGGCGGUGAACUCGCAGUCACAGCUGGAGGCGCAUUACAAAGGUGCCAAGCACAAGGUGAUGAUGGAGGUGCAGAGUGGGGGGGGCACGAUCCGCGCGUGCAUGCGGCCCGCGGGGGGGCGGGGCGGCGUGGGGCGUGGCGCGGGGGCGGAGCCGGGGGCGGAGCCGGGGGGGGGCGUGGUCCAGCUGACCCGCGCCUUCCGCUGCGAGCUCUGCGACGUCGUCGUCAACUCCGAGUCCCAGCUCAAGCAGCACGUGACGAGUCGCAGGCACAAGGAUAAACUGGCGGGGAAACCGCCCAAGCAGAAGCUGGGCCCCUACAGCCGGGCAGCUCGCAAACCCACACACAGCCAGCACCCUAGGCCGUCCAAGCUGAGCUUCCCCAAGGAGCUGGCGACGUCGCUCAACGGAGGCUACCUCCUGGCCCCGCUCCACCCGUCCUCGGCGCUCGCCUCCGGCAUGGCCCACGGCAAGAUGCCCUUCGCCAAGGAGCCGCUCAAGACGCUCGCCCCGCCGGGCUUCCUGGGGCCUCCGCUGACCGCGGCCGGUGCGGCGGUGGCGGCCGCGGCGGCGGCGGCGGCGGCGGCCUCGCCGCUCCACGCGGCGUUCACGGCUGCGGCCCGGCCCCCCGGCCUUCAUCCGGGGCCCGGCGUUCCUGCCGGCGCUGCUGAGACCGGCGCCGGGGCCUCUGCGGACCCCGCACGGACACUUCGUGUUCGCGCCCUACUAGCGGCGGCCGGGUUGGCGCUGUUUGGCGGGGGAGGGGGUGUUCACUAG